CAGAUGUCGGUGAUUCUUACUAUAACAUAGAUGUAUAAGUUAUAGCAUGUUUUAUUUGUGAAAUGCCCCCAGGUGAUUCUGGGGUUUGGUAAUAUUUAAGUCAACUCUUGUGCGGGUUCACAACCCAAAAUGCCGCCAGAAACACCGCCAGCCAUAGCUAUCCUGGCUAAUGAUUCGACCAUGUACUAUGGAAGCCAAGAUGAUAGAGAGUUAUGUAUGAUCAAUGAACAGCCCAUGACCGAUACGCUUGAAGAGGACCACGUCCAUGGCCUUGGAGAUAUCCCUAUUUUUGAAUCCGGAGAUCUUCGCCUUGUAGACCUAGGUGUCCAAGCAAACCAAGAUGAUGAAACCAGUGCUCCACAAACCUACAAUGAGAACGCAAUAAACGUGACAGGCGCCGGCGUCUCAUCCACGUACUUUGCAACGCAAUCCUCUCAAGCAGGAAGCACCGUAGGCAACGGAUUCACCAAAAGUCGAACUUGGAUGCAGCAGAUCGUAGAAGAGUUGAAAGAUCUCAUUCACAUCCUAGCUCCGGAUGGUCGCGUGCUCUAUAUUUCAGACGGCGUCAAGCAACUGACAGGAUAUACCCCAGAGGAGAUAAUAGGUAAAUCGAUAGUAGACUUCGUACAUCCAGACGACCGUUCCAUGUUCGUCCGCGAAUUUAACAACUCCGUCACAAGCGGAGAUGUUCUACGGGUUUUCUACCGGUUCCGCAAACAAACCGGCGGUGAAUACGCAGUUCUUGAAUGUCAUGGCCAGCCACAUUUAACCAGCGGAGCUACGUCUUCCAGUCAAAAUAACUCAUCGGCCCCUUGCAGCGGUUUCUUCAUGAUGUCGCGUCCAUACCCAUCCAAAAAUGCCGCUCUCCUGGACUCCUUCCUUGAACACAAAAUUGAGAAUGAGCGCCUCAUGAAGAAGAUCGAGUCCCUACGGCGCGAAGACGCAGAAGAGCAAGACGAUUAUCAACCUCAAUGGAAGAAAGAACAUGAAGGGCCUUGGGAGCAAUAUUCUUCACAGGAAAGCAACGCAGCCAUGUCGGGUGGGAUGGGCCAUUCUUCUAGCACUGAACUUCUUGACAUGCCGCCUCCAGGCCAGGGGCCAUCGACAAACUCCGCCCACACACGGCAAGGUCAUGAAGAUGCAAAUUCAAACUGCAAACUAGACUCUACAGAAGAAAAGGCAGUACUCUAUGGGGGAGCAACGAACAUCGAUACUAUCGAAAUGUUAACCGGGCUCCGCUACCAAGACGGAGAACGCAGCCAGGGCAUUAGCACCGGCGAUGCCUCUCCCACACUUAUUCGUGGAGAUUCAGGCGCCAAUCUACCAGUAGAUAAGAACGGCAGGAGCGUGGACAAGAAGAAGAAACUCAAAACUGCAGACAAAUAUGUCUGUACGGAUUGUGGUACCCUCGACUCGCCGGAAUGGCGCAAAGGCCCUGAGGGACCAAAAACGCUGUGCAAUGCAUGUGGUCUGCGCUGGGCAAAGCAGGAAAAGAAGAAGUCAGGAGGGGGGUUCAAUUUCAAUAAUGGCGGUGGGGACUUGCAUUUAUAAUUUAUGGACAGGAUGGAUAUUACGGCGUAUUUAGGGUAUCGGCCUGAACAUGACCCGGAUGUCAUUUCUAAUAAAGUAUGUACGGCAGGGUAAUAGGGACAACUAUUCAAGGGGAU